CAUAAAAACUGUACCCACUCCAACAACAAUCUCUCGUUUUAUCUAUAUACAUACAUACAUAUAUAUAUUCCUCUAAAACCAAAGAUAUCAUUACAUUGGAAUUGUAAGAGGGAUGUUGUAGAAUCAAGAAGCUGAAAAAGGGUGCAUGAAUUGUCAUGGCUUGUGGGUGUUCAUCAACAGCAAUGGCAGAAAAGAUUUCAUGGAACUGUGCAGUGUUUGUGGCACUGAUGCUGGUGUUCAGUAGCUGCGAGUCAAACACAAAGGAUUUCAGGAAUCAGAUGUUUGAGGAGAGUGUGAAGAACAGAAAUUACAAGGUGUGUGAUGAGAUUUACGUGGUUGGUGAGGGAGAGACCCUUCAAACCAUCGGUGAAAAAUGUGGGGAUCCUUAUAUUGUUGAAGAGAACCCACAUAUCCAUGACCCUGACGAUGUUUUCCCUGGCCUAGUUAUCAAGAUUAACCCCUUCAACUAUAGACCAUAAAAUGUUCCAUUGUGGGACAGUUUUCUCAAUCCCAGAUUCUGCUGUCAGAAAUUAAGGUUGCAGGUUAAACUUUGUCGUGAGAACCAUUUACGAUUUUACGCUUCAUUUUGCGAACUCACAGUGGUUGAGUUUCAAUUUUUCUGAAUAUGAGACAACACAUAUAUAUUGUAAUGAAGUUUUUCUAUGA